AUGUCGAAUAAAGCUAUUGAUGGUAGUAAACUAAGAGGCCCUUCGUUCACUUUUAGUGACGUCGAAUUUUUCCUCAAGUCGUUUCCAAAUAAUUUUGACUUUACAAGAAAGGACCUCAACUCUAGUUUCAUGAAAGUAGAAGAAUUUCUUUCUCAAAACAAACAAAUUUUUAAAACAAUAGCAGAAUUUGAUAGUGAUCAGCUCGACCAACAUUCACAAAAAUCUGCUCAUUCAUUUACGUUGAGAGGUUCUACAUAUGUAGCUACCAAUGAAGAUUGUAAUAUUGCAAUGAAGUUGGCAAAAUGUUUAACAUUAAACUUCAAAGAAUGUUUAAGAUUAGUUAUUCAGAGCCGGGAGAAGAAUUAUUGCCAAGUGGAACCUUCUUUAAUAGACUUAACCAAACUCAUAUUGCGCGAAAGGAAUGGCGUUAUACAGACACUUUUCCAUUUAAUAAAUAACGAAUGUUUCCCAAUUAUUGAAGAUAAAUACUAUAACCUUUUAACCAACGAAUUAAAGUCUGAAAUCUGUGAAAAUUUGAUCAAUUUAAUUUACAAAAUUAUCGAAAAUUCCAUAACUAAUAAUAUUGAGCCUACUGAGAUAAAUGACAAUGAAAUACCGGAGAAUGACUCUCAAGAAUUGUUACAAAUCAAGAACUCUUUUGACGUGGUGCACUUAGCAAACAUCUUAAGCUUACUUUCAAAUUUGUUCUUGAAUUCGGCAACCCCAUCCAAAAUAGUCGUUAAAUGGUUUCAAAAUCUAUCAAUAAUUACUGACUUUUUAGACAGUAAGCUAGGCAUUAUAUUAAAUGAUUCUCCAUAUCCAACCAUUUCCAAAUUAGGUUCUUUUGUGACGAUUAAUUCCCUUUUAAUAUUAGGUCUGGAUACUACAACCUUUUCGGUUAACAUAGACACGCCAUACUUCAGUGAUACUGCGGCAUUUUUACAAGUACAAGACGCUAUCGACAAACUUUCUUCAAACUCAAUUUUAUCAUACAUGUGGUCUUUCGUACUAUUCACUAAAUCGUACAUAAUAGAAGAGGACGUCACAGCACAUACAUCUUUCCUCCAAGAGUUUCGUUCACAUUGUGGGGACAACAGCCAUCUAUCAAUGUUGUCUACAUUGUUCGCCAAAAGAGCGGAAGAGCAGAAUGUUUUAGGUUCGAUAGUUGAUUUAUCUGAGUCUCUUUCGCCAGAGAAAUUUUAUUCGGCAAUUAUCUGUUCCUUCUUAGCAUUGGCAUUGAACUUUAUCCCAAUCACUAUUGAAGUAUCUAAAGUGAUUAAAUUCGUUUUACUAAAAUGUCCUAAAGAUUUUGUAGAAAAUUUUUUGACAUGCGAUGCAUUUGAAAGAAGUUUAAUUUUAAUUAAAGCCAAGCUUCCACUUGUAGAUGAAGCCUUAAUACCAUUGAUUAAUAUUGCUAUCGUUAACAUUGAAUUUGCGAACUUUGAACUAAAAGAAUUAAAUACUUACGCUACAAAGACAAAAAUCGGGGAAUUAGACUAUGAUAUAUAUGAUGAAACCCUUAAAUUGACGGGAACCUCUUCAGAAGCUCUAAUUACUACAAGCAAUAUGCUCUCCAAUGAACUAGUUGUUUUAAAAAAAGAAACUUUAAUAAAGCCUCCUUUAGAAUUUAAUGAUAGUAUUUUGAUGCCAAUUCCAGCAGACACAAAAGGAAAAAUCUUACAAGGUGCUUCUAAUUCCUCUGAUGAUGACUUAGUUGUAUUUAUGCAUAGCUACAGCGGCUGGUCUUUGAUAGGUCGUGCAUUACAAAAUCUUGGUGAGCAGUAUUCUCAACAAGGUAAUGUAAUGGAUGAAAAAUUUCAAGAUAUUAUGAUGUCAAUUAUUGAACUCACCUCCAGUCUUAUUUCGUCUUCAGGUUCGGCCGAAAAAACUAUAGAAAUUUUGGGUUACAUGUCAAGUAACAUUAAAAAAGACGAUAUCAUUUCUGUGAUUUUCAAAAUUUUCGAAGUGGCAUUGAAUAAAAGAAACUAUAAUAUAUCUUGUAUCUGUUCUGACUUCACAGAAUCUCUUAUUAAAGAUCUGCCACAUUUUGUAUGGUCCUUUCUCGCUCGUUCCGAUAUUCUGGAAAGAUUUGGGAAAACAGGUUUAGCAAGUAUUAUUCUGGGUACUAUGGAAAUUACCAAUGGGGAGUACGAUUUUACAAUAAAAAUUUCCAAGCUAGCGACAUCGUUGGUUCAAGAAUCAAUCUUCCAAGAUUCUACUAUUCCAACAAGGACCAAGAAAGAUAUACUUGAAAAAAUAACCACUCAUUUACUACAUGUUUACCAGAGCUACCAAUAUUGGAAAUUUGAUAAUAUAUACCAAAAGUUUGAACUGGGUUUUCACUUGGCUAAAUUUUUUUCUAAUGUUUUAUCCAAUCUACAUGGAAUGGAUUCAGGUGCAUCCCCACAGGAUAGAAUUACCAAUAUCCUAGCAAAGGCAGGAAGAGACGUCGUUAUGACUUUCCUGGGUUCAGAAGCUCAAAAUUCACAAGCAUCUAAUAAUCUACUGAAGAUACUACUCUCUGCAUCAGAUAAGCAGGUAACGACUAUUGGUGAUGAAGGUUUUGGCCCCACAUAUACUACUUUACUCAAAGCAUCAUUCGAACUGUCCAAAAGUUUGAUCUAUAUCAGGAACGUACUCAAACUUUCGCCCAGCACUUUAGAGAAAUCAAUAUUCAAGAAUUCAUCUACCCUUAUAGAAAUAUAUCAUUCUACUCCUAGUAUGAAAAGAUGCAUUAUGAAUGUUUUCAACGCAUUGGUUAGCGUAACAUGGAAUGAAGACUAUCCAUCAUUAUUGGCAUACCUCGGAGAUAACCACUCCAAGUUAUUCUUCAAUACUAUUGCUGCAGAUAUAACGAAUGAACUCAGUAACUUCGAACUUUCCAAUGAUGUUUACGUAUUUUUUGGGUCAUUGAUGCAGAGCAAACAAUAUGGUUUAUCAAUUCUUUUCCUUUCGGGCGAGAUAGCUUCUCAAACAAGCUCUAAUAGUGACAAAUUAAAAGUCCCUGUGAAAAAUAUCAAAUUAUCAUUGCUAUCACUUUUAAAAAGUAAUGCAUUGCAGCUGGACAAAUUACCAGAAUUUGCUGCUUGUUCACUACUUGAUGCCAUAGCUUACACUCUAGACAAAUGGGCCGACGGUAAGAAUCAAUCAACAGAUGAAAGUUUUAUUAACACUUUGAUGCAGAUUUUCAAGCGUUUCGUUCCCGUUUCUACCCUCAUGAAAGAUGAUUCCGAGAUUUUAACAAUAUCAGCAAAAUAUAGGCUUAUUUCUCGGAUUAUUGAGAUUUUUGCUCUAUACCUCUAUACAUCCAACGACGCUAACUCUCUAAUCUAUACAUUGUUAGAUCAAGAUAACCUAUUCAGCAUUAUCAAACCUUAUUUUAAGAUGGACUGUGAUGGAUUUAUUUCGACCAAUGAACUCUUUGAAGAGUUCUCAAGAAAUUUUCCAGGCUAUACUCUUUCAAGUUUCCGAACUGACCACUUUUUCAAUCCUGAUAUUCAAGAAGGACACGAACUUUUCAACAUUGAAUUGAUGGAUAAACUUUUUGGUAGCGAGGUAUACUGGGCUGGAAGCUCAGAGCUGCCAGGUUUCAAGAAAAAGGUUGUUAGAGCUUCAGUACAAUCAAAGUACAUGAAUCAUCAAAUUUCCACGGCCAAAGCUUGGGGCGCACUUCUGACAUCAUUUGUUAAGUUAUCUUCCACUCCUUUGAAAGAUACAUUCAUAGACAUAGUUUGUGAUUUUCUAGAAUUGGACAGUGAUGCCAAUACGAGUAAAUUUGGCACUAACUCCCUCAAUAAUGAGAAAAUUGAGUUAACAUUUUAUAUCCUAUAUUCCUUCCAAACUACUCAAAAGUCGAUAACCGAGAAAAAGUUACUCGAGCUGCUAUCAAAACUGAUCACUAUUUUCAAAACCGAUACUGUUGAUUAUCUAAAAAAUAUUUCACAUUCUAAUAAUAGCGGCACAUAUCGCUCCAUUUUACGUUCUGUUUUGAUAAUUCUAGGACUCUUGGAUAAGAAAUCACAGUCGAUAGAAAUAGCAUCAGAUCAAAUUUUAGAAUUUUUUGAAUGGGCUUUUAGUAGAGGCGUUCACUUAAUCUUCUCAAGUAUCCUUUCUGACAUAGGUGCUUUGGUAUCAAAUGACACCUCGAAGGUAUUCCAUAAUCUUGACGAUAAAAUUCAAGAUUUAUUUUUGCUACUCGCCCUUUUCAAUAAGAUCCAGGAAUUGAAGCCUUCAGCAAAUUUCAACCUAAUUCUAGCCUCGUCUUUAAAUGAACUUGGUACAAUUAAAGUGAUCCUGAGCUUAUACUCCAGCUUCAAGUCCAUCAAUAGGAAUGAAGAACCAUUGUUGGGUUAUAUCACACUAACAUUCAUAUCAGAGCUUUGCACAGUCAAAGAAGUCGCGGAAAAGUUCAUAAGAAAUGGAUUGUUCGCUGUUUUGUUAGAAAGUCCUCUCUCUGUCACUAUACAACAAGGACAUAUCAAACCAGAAACUUCACCAGGAUUACAUAAUGCAUGGAGCAACGGCCUUUUAUCCAUCCUGCUUUUAUUAUUGAGUGAAUUUGGACUAAAAAUACUGCCUGAGAGUUGUUUAUUCAUCUCGUAUUUCAGCAAUCAAGUAAAAACUGCGAUUUCGACCUGGUCCGAUAGCAAAAUGGGUGUAUCCACUGCUUUAAUUAAAGAAACUGCACAGUUGGUUCUUCUACAAAAAAUGCUGAGCUCUUUAAACUAUCAGCAGUACUUGUCAAAUUCUAGUGCAAGAGGAAACCAAGAUGUAGACACAGAGGUAGUAGAAUUGGUAAUUGGAUUAGAUACAUAUCCGCAAAGAAAACAAUUAAGCUCGGCAUUGAACAAGCUAUUGACGCAUCCUAAGUUCUUAAACUCAAGGAUAAUCCCAUCUACAAUCGAAGAACAGAAUUUCUUACAAGACGAUUUCAACAGAAGCACCUUUGUACAGAAAAUUAGUAGAGAGAUCAAGGAACUACAACAGUCCUUGUUUGACGAGAUAUAA